ACCACUCCUGUGACCAUGCAGGUGGGCGAAGGACAGCAGGUACAGAUCGUUCAGGCCCAGCCACAGGGACAGGCCCAGCCAACGCAGAGUGGGACCGCGCCAACUAUGCAAGUCAUGCAACAGAUCAUCACCAACACAGGCGAAAUCCAGCAAAUACCGAAAGACUUCAGAGUCCAGGAGCUCCCAUUGGCACGCAUUAAGAAGAUCAUGAAACUAGAUGAAGACGUGAAGAUGAUCAGCGCAGAAGCUCCGGUUCUGUUCGCCAAGGCUGCUCAGAUAUUCAUCACGGAGUUGACACUACGAGCCUGGAUACACACAGAAGACAACAAACGCAGGACUUUGCAGAGAAAUGAUAUUGCUAUGGCCAUCACGAAGUUUGAUCAAUUUGACUUUCUCAUUGACAUCGUUCCAAGGGAUGAACUUAAACCUCCAAAGCGACAGGAGGAGGUACGCCAGGCUGUGACUCCGGCAGAACCCGUCCAGUACUACUUCACUCUGGCCCAGCAGCCAGCAGCUGUCCAAGUCCAGGGCCAGCAGACGGGCCAGCAGACAACCACAUCCACCACCACAAUCCAGCCCGGGCAGAUUAUCAUCGCUCAGCCUCAACAAGGGCAGGUCCAACUUAACGCUGGCCAGCUACAGUAUAUCCGCUUAGCUCAGCCUGUGUCUGGAACCCAGGUGGUCCAGGGCCAGAUCCAGACGCUUGCAGCCAACACGCAGCAGAUUGCGCAGACAGACGUUCAACAGGGGCAGCAGCAGUUCAGCCAGUUUACCGAUGGACAGCAACUCUACCAGAUCCAACAAGUGACUAUGCCUGCCGGUCAAGAUAUCACCCAACCCAUGUUCAUCCAGUCCACCAAUCAGACCACGGAUGGACAGGCGCCACAGGUCACCGGAGACUGAUCAGCUCCAGCCAGAAGCUUUCCUGAUGCGGCGGAAUUCGUAGCGGCUUGAUUAAUGUUCCACUGAUCAAGCCCAGAAGCAGCCUUUAACUAAUCCAUUCCCUCCCCACCGUGUGUCUUCAUUGAUAGAAAGAUGUUGUGAUCAGCAUCACAUCAACUGCUUAUGUUGGCUGGGAGGAGAGGAUGCCACAGGAACUGACUACAAUGCAAUAUGUGUAUUUUUUUUAUAUAUAUAUAAAAAUUUUUGAAUCCUGUGUUCCUCAGUAGUUCCACGUUGAGCAUUUUAUAGAGGGCUCUGCCAGGCAGGGCAACGCCUUCUCCUUUCUCCGCGGUCCGGGAUUUUUUCUUUGUCUUUUCUGUCCUCCCGUCCAUUACAUUUGAAAUCAGAAGAUCUUUAUCCUGUUUCACCCCUGACCGCGCAUAUCACAUUAUUAUCAUUAAAUCUGAACGCGUGUUAGCCUGUACAUGUGUACAUACUGUCUGUCUGUGUGUGUGUAAGAGAGAAUGGGCAGAGGGAUUCCUCUCUUUUUUUUUUAUGUCCCAAAUUCAGGUGCUGCUAACUGCAGCUUCCAAGUGUGAAAUUAACAGGAAAAAACCAGAAAACCUAUUUUCUAAAGGCUUUAAAGUUGCCCUCAAACUAUUUUGGAAUGACUUCAGGAGAUUUGGACAUGCAAAUGCAAUUUAUUGGGUGACCGUAUACAAUUCAGCCGAUGCAUGUUUUUAAAAGAUGCAUGAAAUGCAAUAAACCUUUUGUUUUUUCCUAGAGUA